AUGGUGUUGCACUCAGCUUACAGUCUGCAUGUGUACUUGGAAUUUGAUGUGAUACAUCAGCCAAAGAAACUUUCCGACUCACCCAGACCAUUUCCCUCGGUCACAUUGUGCAACCUACGCCCGUUUACAACUCGAGAUAUUCGGCAGUUGAAAGCGGCUGGUGUAGUCCCGGUUGAUAUGUACUUUGAAAACCUAAAACGAAUGAUAUUCAGCUUGAAAAAUGAAACUAGAAAACACAUGACUAUGCUGUGGACAUUUGCAGCCUACCUAUCCAACCUGCCACCAACUGUGGACAGGCAGAAUUUGGGGCAUUCCCUUGGAGAUAUUGUAAAGCGAUGCUCGAUUUUGUAUAAAAGUGGCUCAUUGACUCGAGGAACAGAAUGCACCAAAAGUGGGUACUGGGCGAAAACACAAGACCGUGUCUUUCACAAUUGCUACACAUAUACUGUAUUCGAGAACCGCAUGAAUACGACUGUGAAUAUGGAAAUGGUACUCUACUUGGACAACCUGGUGGAACAAACGGACUGUUUUGACUGUCAAGAUCGGGUAAUGGCCAGUCAGUUAACAGGUGCUCGAUUACUGCUUCAUCCACGAGCUUCCUAUCCACGAGUGGCGGAAGACGGAAUAAAUUUGAUGCCAGGAACAUUGACAGAUAUUCGAUUCAGUGUGAAUGAAUGGUCCAUGAUGGAGCCACCACAUGGGCGUUGUAGCAAAGUAACACCGGAUGUGAUCUCGUUCAAUCAGGUUACUUAUAGCUAUUCGGAAGAAGCAUGCAAUCAGGCUACUCAGCAGGAACGUAUUGCACAACGAUGUAACUGUUUGACACAAGAUCUGCCUGUACCCACACAUCUGAUGCACAAAGGUUUGAGAAAAUGUCAGGAUUUCAAAUUUCCGGCCACAUACGCUGUUCUACAAGAUUUGAAUUUGACCAGUCAACUUUAUUUCAACGACACAGUGAUCGACAACUACGUUCGAUUCGCCGGCUGCUCUGCUCAAACCGGUGCCGAAUUGGACAGUCAGAGUAUCGGUUGUCGACCAGCUUGCUUGCGGUACACAUACAAGCCAAGCAUCACAGCAGCGCAGUGGCCGACAAAAACAUUCCUUACUUGGUUUGUGACCAAGUUUCUCAAAGAAAGGAACCGCACAUUGUCUGACACGACGAACAACCUGAACGAGACAGAACUCAUGAUUCAAAAAGAACGCUUUGAAGAAUUGCGUAACCUGUUAGCUCCGUAUCAAGAAAUCUCAGAGCUUACAAAAUCCGGCGAAUUGGACGAAGCCAUCCGAAAACUGAUGCAACUGCAAGUUGUUGAACGAAACUUUCUAUCCAUUGUCAUUUCGCGACCGAAUUUUGACUUGGAGAGAAUCGAGGAAAAAGCUGUUGUUUCUCUAACAUCCUUAUUUAGCCAAAUAGGCGGUUUGCUCAGCAUCUGGGUUGGCUUGACAUUCGUUUGUAUUGUUGAAUUGGUGGAACUUGGUUUGAACGUAUUUGACACACUUUUGUUGUACAGGAACAGAAAAAAGUUGUCAAAGAAAUGA